GCACGGUUGCACCUGCCAAAUGGGCAGGUCACUCGUUCAUUGUGGAAAGAAUCAUGCAAGGCACUGCAUAAGCUUAGGAUCGCCCGCAAUGUGAAGGUGUUAUUCAGAGGAAUGACACAGUUUGCUGAGGUUCGCUUCUAUUUUUCAUCGCGCAUGCAGGAAAAGGAUAUCCCUCUUGCCCUCAUCAGUUUAUUCUCUCCGCCCGACCCUGGGCUCAUGGAAGCCUCUUCAAAUACUGUCCUUUCUUGUAUGCAUCAAGGUGAUGAUGGGCUGGCUGUGGUUGAGGUUAAUUGUAUUAUUGCAGGGGUUGCAAUGGUCCCAUAUACAAAUGGGCCUAAUAGCAUAGGGACCUGGUUCUUUGUAGCCGAGAAGAUGGGACUUGAUGUCACAUGCAUGGAUGGUAGACAAGAGUCGAUUGUCAAUGAGUAG